UCAACGCUGAACGACAGUGUGUGGGUUGCCUUGUUUCCAGACGGCUGAAGUGAUAGUCUACUACUGUACAGUCAUUCCUAAGAGGCAGGAGACUCAAAACUUUAAGACUUUUGUGGAGAUAGACGACAGUCGGUUGCUCAGCGAAUAUGGGGGUCGGGGAUGGACGUGACCAGUAUGAGUUGGCGGCGACGUCGGAGCAGGGAGGGGACAAGAAGAAGAAGAAGAAGAAGAACAAGGACAAGGAUAUGGACGAGCUGAAGAGGGAAGUAGAUAUGGAUGACCAUAAACUGACCCUGGAUGAACUCCAUCGUAAAUAUGGGACCGACCUGAGCAAGGGCCUGACCAGUUCGCGGGCUGCAGAGAUCCUGCUUCGUGACGGACCCAAUGCCCUGACGCCACCCCCCACCACUCCCGAGUGGGUGAAGUUCUGCAAGCAAAUGUUCGGAGGGUUCUCUAUGCUGCUGUGGACUGGUGCCAUCCUCUGCUUCCUGGCCUACGGCGUCCAGGCCGCCAUGGAGGACGAGCCGGCCAACGACAAUUUGUACCUGGGUGUCGUGUUAUCUGCUGUGGUCAUCAUCACUGGCUGUUUCUCCUACUACCAAGAGUCCAAGAGCUCCAAGAUCAUGGACUCCUUCAAGAACCUGGUCCCGCAGCAAGCCUUGGUGCUGCGUGAUGGAGAGAAACUGAACAUCAAUGCCGAGACUGUGGUGGUGGGGGAUCUGGUGGAGGUGAAGGGUGGAGAUCGCAUCCCCGCCGACAUCCGCAUCAUCGCCGCUCACGGCUGCAAGGUGGACAACUCCUCUCUGACUGGUGAAUCUGAGCCACAGACCAGAUCACCAGACUUCUCCAACGACAACCCCCUCGAGACCAGGAACAUCUCCUUCUUCUCCACCAACUGUGUGGAAGGAACUGCCCGCGGUAUCGUGAUCAGCACAGGCGACCGGACUGUGAUGGGCCGCAUCGCCACGCUGGCGUCGGGCCUGGAGGUGGGACGCACGCCCAUCUCCAUCGAGAUCGAGCACUUCAUCCACAUCAUUACGGGCGUGGCCGUCUUCCUGGGCGUCUCCUUCUUCAUCCUGUCCAUCAUCCUGGGCUACAGCUGUCUGGAGGCCGUCAUCUUCCUUAUCGGCAUCAUCGUCGCCAACGUGCCCGAGGGGCUGCUGGCUACUGUCACAGUGUGUCUGACCCUGACGGCCAAGCGCAUGGCCAAGAAGAACUGCCUGGUGAAGAACCUGGAGGCCGUCGAGACGCUCGGCUCCACCUCCACCAUCUGCUCCGACAAGACCGGCACCCUGACGCAGAACCGCAUGACGGUCGCCCACAUGUGGUUCGACAACCAGAUCCACGAGGCCGACACCACCGAGAACCAGAGCGGCGCCACCUUCGACCGCAGCUCCACCACCUGGGCUUCACUGGCCCGCAUCGCCGGCCUCUGCAACCGAGCCGUCUUCCUCGCCGAGCAGACCGACGUUCCCAUCCUCAAGAGGGAUGUGGCCGGAGACGCGUCGGAGUCUGCUCUGUUAAAAUGCAUCGAGCUGUGCUGCGGAUCCGUCAGAGAGAUGAGAGAGAAGUACACAAAGAUCUCCGAGAUCCCCUUCAACUCCACCAACAAAUAUCAGCUGUCCAUCCAUAAGAACCCCAACGCGGCCACAGAGUCCACCCACCUGCUGGUGAUGAAGGGGGCACCGGAGCGGAUCCUCGACCGCUGUUCCACCAUCAUGAUCCAGGGCAAGGAGCAGCCGCUGGAUGAGGAGAUGAGGGACUCCUUCCAGAACGCCUACCUGGAGCUGGGCGGCCUUGGAGAGAGAGUGCUGGGUUUCUGCCACUCAAACAUGGCUGAUGACCAGUUCCCCGAGGGAUUCCAGUUCGACAUGGACGACCUGAACUUCCCCACAGAGAACCUGUGUUUCGUGGGCCUCAUGUCCAUGAUUGACCCUCCUCGCGCCGCCGUACCUGACGCUGUGGGCAAAUGCAGGAGUGCCGGCAUCAAGGUCAUCAUGGUGACGGGAGAUCAUCCAAUCACUGCUAAGGCCAUCGCCAAGGGAGUAGGCAUUAUCUCAGAAGGCAAUGAAACUGUGGAGGACAUCGCAGCGCGGCUCAACAUUCCUGUUGAUGAAGUUAACCCCAGGGACGCCAAGGCGUGCGUGGUGCAUGGCGGGGACCUGAAGGACAUGGACUGCGAGAAGCUGGACGACAUCCUGAAGUACCACACUGAAAUCGUCUUCGCCAGGACCUCGCCCCAGCAGAAGCUCAUCAUAGUGGAGGGCUGCCAACGCCAGGGAGCCAUCGUGGCAGUGACAGGUGACGGUGUGAACGACUCGCCAGCCCUUAAGAAGGCAGACAUCGGCGUUGCUAUGGGCAUUUCUGGCUCUGACGUAUCCAAGCAAGCCGCCGACAUGAUUCUCCUGGAUGACAACUUUGCUUCCAUUGUCACCGGAGUGGAGGAAGGCCGCCUGAUUUUCGACAACCUGAAGAAGUCCAUCGCCUACACACUGACCAGCAACAUCCCAGAGAUCACCCCAUUCCUCUUCUUCAUCAUCGCUAACAUCCCCUUACCCCUCGGCACGGUCACCAUCUUGUGCAUUGACCUGGGCACUGACAUGGUCCCCGCUAUCUCUCUGGCCUAUGAGGCUGCGGAGAGUGACAUCAUGAAGAGGCAGCCUAGGAACCCCAAGACGGAUAAACUGGUGAACGAGAGGCUGAUCAGCAUAGCCUAUGGCCAGAUUGGUAUGAUCCAAGCUUUGGCAGGAUUCUUCACCUACUUUGUCAUUCUUGCUGAAAACGGCUUCCUGCCCGCAACAUUACUGGGCAUCCGUGUCAAUUGGGAUGAUAAACACUGCAAUGACCUGCAGGACAGCUAUGGCCAGCAGUGGACCUAUGAGCAGAGGAAGAUAGUGGAGUUUACCUGCCACACUGCCUUCUUUGCCAGCAUUGUGAUAGUGCAGUGGGCUGACCUGAUCAUCUGCAAGACCCGGAGGAACUCUGUCUUCCAGCAGGGCAUGAGGAAUAAGAUCCUGAUCUUCGGCCUGUUUGAGGAGACGGCCCUGGCAGCCUUCCUCUCGUACUGUCCCGGCAUGGGCAUCGCCCUCAGGAUGUACCCACUCAAGAUCAACUGGUGGUUCUGCGCUCUCCCCUACUCCCUGCUCAUCUUCAUCUAUGACGAGAUCAGGAAACUCAUCCUCAGACGGAACCCAGGAGGUUGGGUGGAGAGAGAGACAUACUAUUAAAGUUAAUGUUAUCAUUUUGUUGUAUGGUAGAUAUGCUGCUUUGACACUUAACCUCUGUACUGUACAUUUGGAAGUGUUUACAUAGGGAAUGCUUGGCACUUGCUCAUACAAACACACAUACAGUAUGCUCACUCUCUCACUCACCCUUUCUAACUCUCUCAUUCUCUCUCUUUCUUUCUGUAUUUCUCUUUCUUUCUCUCUCUCAUUCUCUCUCUCUUUCUUUCUCACACACAGUUCUCAGACACUAUUCUCAUGCAGGCCUGUCUUUACAGAUUAAGAUUGUGGAUGUGUGUUGGACCUUUUGGUUUUAAGCAGUACAGCAUUUUUAUAUGUGUUUUUAACAGUAUACUACAAAUAAACUCACAUCAUCCA